AUGGAGGCGGAAGCCCACAAGAUGGUGGAACACCCUGACACAAGAGUGUUAAGCGAUGGCACCAAACUAACAGCAGUAACCAAAGACUGCAUAAGAGACUCUAUAGCUACAAUCUUUGACAGCUUCUGGGUAAAAUUAGAGGCUUGCCUGCAGCCUGAAACCCUGCGCCAAAAAAAGACCGGGAGGGUCGGAGCCAAAGGCGGACAGAGGACCGGGGACACCUACCAGGGCAACUUCGCAACCCACACCCCAGCGUCCUACAUCCAAGGUCCUCCCGGGCUGAGAGCAACACAGGGUAUAACCCGAAGGUACCAGCCACACUGGCAGAGAGCAGUUCAGGGACCACGUAAGCGACUACCUGAAUCUCCCCGCACCACCCCUCAAGGGGCAACCCUGGACCACACAGGCUCGUGGCCUACGUGCACCGGCUCUUCUACAACCCCGGGGCAAGGGAGGAUUCCCGCCACCCAGACCGACGAAGCUCCGCACCAUCGCGACCGAAACCGGGCGCAAGACCCAAGCUUGGCAAGCACUCACCUCCCGGCGGUCUUUGGACUCACAGUAGCAGCAUGGCAAUCCCGGCGCACCAUGGGGCACAUGGAGAGCCACCGGUCACACAACGACCCACACAAUGUGAAGCUACAACUGGGCUUACCCAGAGAAACACACCAGAGGCAUCGGCUGAGAUCUGCGGCCACCCCGGCCUGGUUACUUUGCAGGACUUAA